GGCGGAGUGCACUGCGCCGGUCAGCAGCUGAGCAACCUCGCAGCCUCCGCACCCGGAUGUUAACUCUUGCGUGACCCUGGCCGUCAGCCGUCAGCCGUCAGCCGUCAGCCUGCAGGACCCAGGCUGUAGGAUCAUGUGGUAUGUCAGCACCAGGGGGAUGGCCCCACGUGUCGACUUUGAGGGGGCCCUCUUCUCUGGCUAUGCACCCGAUGGGGGCCUCUUCAUGCCUGAGAAACUUCCCCAGCUGGACAGGGAGACCCUGUGUCGGUGGAGUGUGCUUUCUUACCCCAGCCUGGUGAUGGAGCUGUGCGCACUCUUCAUUGGUCCUGAGCUCAUUUCCAAGGAUGACUUAAAUGAUCUGGUCCACCGAGCCUUCAGCAGAUUCCGCCACAGAGAAGUGGUGCAUUUAUCCAGGCUGAGGAAUGGGCUGAAUGUGUUGGAGCUGUGGCAUGGGGUCACAUAUGCAUUUAAGGACCUGUCCCUGUGCUGCACAGCACAGCUCCUGCAAUACUUCCUGGAGAAGAGAGAGAAGCACGUCACUGUGGUUGUAGGAACUUCUGGGGACACAGGAAGUGCUGCCAUUGAGAGUGUUCAAGGGGCAAAGAACGUGGAUAUCAUCGUUCUCCUUCCCAAGGGGCACUGCACAAAGAUCCAGGAGCUCCAGAUGACCACAGUGCUAAAGGAGAACGUUCGUGUAUUUGCCGUGGAGGGAAACAGCGAUGAACUUGACAAGCCAAUCAAGGCUGUAUUUGCAGAUGUGGCUUUUGUUGAGAAGCACAAUCUGAUGAGUUUGAAUUCAAUCAACUGGUCCCGGGUCCUUGUGCAAAUGGCUCACCACUUCUUUGCUUACUUCCGGUGUGUGUCAUCCCUAGAUAUGCACCCGCUGCCCCCUGUGGAGGUGGUUGUGCCAACAGGGGCUGCUGGUAACCUUGCAGCUGGGUGCAUUGCUCAGAAGAUGGGCCUGCCCAUCCACCUGGUUGCGGCAGUGAAUUGCAAUGAUAUCAUCCACAGGACUGUCCAGCAAGGAGACUUCUCUCUGUCUGAGACUAUCAAACCAACCUUGGCAUCAGCUAUGGACAUUCAGGUGCCCUACAACAUGGAGAGGAUAUUCUGGCUGCUCUCUGACUGUGACAGUCAGUUGACAAGAGCCCUCAUGGAGCAGUUUGAAAGGACCCAAAGUGCAAGUCUACCUAAGGAACUGCAAAGCAAGCUUUCAGCAGCAGUGAAAUCUCAGUCAGUGUCAGAUGAGACCAUCACCCAGACCAUGGUCCGCUGCUGGGAAGAGAACCAGUACUUGCUGUGCCCUCACUCUGCUGUGGCCGUGAGCUACCAUUACCGGAAGUUGCACAGGCAGCCACACAGCCCUCCCAGGUGUUUUUUGGCCCCGGCCUCUGCAGCCAAGUUCCCAGAAGCUGUCCUGGCUGCUGGGAUGACCCCAGAAAUUCCCUCAGAGAUCUUAGCCCUGGAGAGAAAGGAGACACGCUGUACCCCAAUGAAGAAGACUGAUGACUGGAUGCUGAUGCUUCGGGACACAAUAGAAGACAUAGGCCGGCAGUGGAGGGAUCGCUUCCUGAAUGCUCCCAAAUAGCAAGACUGAAGUUGGCUUCCUUUAGACUUUAGACCCUGGGAUGGGGUGGAGGUGCCCUUUAUGCUACCUUGAGCACCUUCUCCCGGUUCUGUGUUGAUGUAGGAGGUUCCCAGGAGGCUGCGCAGUGGGGUCUGGAGCCAGUGGCUUUGCUCAGUUCCAUGGCUGCUUGCUCUGUAUUCUCUCUUGAUGCUGCAGUACCUAGUCACCAGGAAGGCUGGACAGGGGUGUGCAUAGUCACUGAGGGACACCCCAACCACUGGACAGUGCAGGGGCAUCAUUGCUGCAUGGGAAAGUUUCAGGACCUGCACAUGAAGAUCCUUGGGUACAGAUUCAACCUUGGUUCCAGGGUUUAGGACCCCAGUCCCUAAAACCUUUACAGGUGGGGGCUGCACACUCCAUUAGCACAGGCCUGGGGUUCACAAUGUCUGAGCCUAUUCAUCCAGAGGCUGCCACCCUGCUGAAAUUUCAGAAUCCCUAGAAUACAAGUGCAUGUCCAGUAUGAUGGUGACUGCAUGGCAUGUGGGCCAGGGCCAGGGGCUGCUGAGGGGUGACGGUGAUGAUGAUGUGUGUGCUACAUCCACCAGUUGCUUCAGAUUGGCCUGGCAUUGAGAGAGGCAACAGAGAAAGCAGUGGGGAACAGGUGGGUUGACAGUUGAGAUACGGGAUCACCAGGUCUAGCCAUGUGGGAAAGUAUACUCCUCAAGGUGCAAACUGAGUCAGGUUGCCCUAUUGCUCACAUAUCGGUUCACCUGCUCAUGUAUCACUUCACCAGGGCGUGUGUCAGCAAGAAGCAGUGAUCCCUCUUAACUGCUUAAUAAAGCCCAGAUGCCUACAUUUCCAUAGGUACCAUCAGAAUCAGAAUGCCCCAGAGCAAUCAAAUCAUUCUUUUCUCUUAAAACAUGACUCAUGCUCUCCCUUCUCCAUGCCUCCAAUCUUUCAUUUGCUUAGGCCAAAGACCCAUUCCAUAGACUACUUGAGUUUUGGUUCCUGUGUCUUGUUUGCUGUGGGCCCUCAUCAGCCCAGGUGGAAAUAAUGAUUGUUGUACUUGAUUACAAGGUCUUUAUUUACAAAUAUUUUACUUCCACAGUGCAACAUUCUUUAUUUUCACAAAGGCAUGCUUUAUUGCUCCCACUAUUUUUAUGCUCUAGCCCUGCAUUGUCCAAUUUGGUAGCCACUAGCCACAUGUGACCAUCGAGUACUUGUAAUAUGAAUAGGAUAACUAAGGAAUUGAAUUUUAAAUUUUAUUUAACUUUAAUUACAUUUAAAUUUAAAAACUAUUACUUGAUUCAGUUAUUGGAUAAUUUUCAAGUAUGGUUGGGAAAAUGCUGGUAUGUAAAUCUGCUUUUUCAGCUGUAAAUUUUAUGAAAUACAUAAAAUAUAUGUAUUUCCAAUGAAAUUAUAGCACAAAAUUUGAUCACUGAGAUAUGACACAACAGUAAAAUACAUAUUGAACUUCAAAGACUUCGAAUGAGAACUGAUGCAUCUCAAUAAUUUUGUAUUUAUUAGUGGUAAAGAUAAUAUUUUGAUGUUUUGGGUUAAAUAAAAUACUAAAUCAGUUUCAUCAGUUUUCAUUUAAAAGGACAUUUAAAGAUAUAUAUGUGGCUCACCUUUGUGGCUCACAUUGUAUUUCUAUUAACAGCAGUGAUCUAGAGCUUAUCCGUGGCUUCAUGUAAAAAGAAAUACACGGCACAUUUUUGUGGGUUUGGUUAUAUGACUAGAUUUAAAUCCUAUGUGAAUUGAGGGGAGUUUUACACAAACACAAAUAUGUGAAUGUCAACACAAGCCUCAUUCCUGCCCUGGAUUCUGGGGGCCCUUCUGGAAGGCAGGUGAG